AUGCAUGGCGUACUUUUUUUUAUUCAGGUGGUCCUUCUCAGCAGAUGGAGUCUGGCAUGCUGGACCCAAGUUGGACCUUGUACCAGGCAGACGCGUCUUGAGGAAGGCAAAUAUAGCCGUGAGAAAAUUGGGACUCGCGUACUGCCGAACGUGAUCACGGCGUCUUGGUUCAACUUGAGCUUGAACGUGCGCGUGAACGUCCAAGCAGCCGUACACAUCACAGAAGAAGUCGACACACAGAAUCAAGACUACUCAAUGGUAACACGUCACCUGCACCUUGCCCGGAGGAUGUCAGUGGAUAGACUGACUCGGAAGCGUAAACGAGCUGCUCAGUCUGACGAAAGAGGAGGUGAGCCAAAGGUUGACCGCCAGAGCAAGGUUGGUAAUGGUGAUGGCGAUGCUACUUUGUCCCCACCAAGGGCUAUGGUCACGAAGAGAACUCCGGCUCUGCGCUGGCUUUCCGCUAUUCUGAAGAAUAGGAUAGACACAACAGGCCAGAGAACUUAUCGGGAGCUUGGCUCGCGACUAUGCGUUAGAACAUUCCCAAAGGAUAUCACGAUUCAAUCCACGUAUAGCUAUCAAUACAGUGGAUUUGAUCCAAACGAGUCGUGA